GCCUUUUUCUCGUUUCUCUACCCGGGCAUCGAUCCCGUCUACCGGCGCCUUAUACUACCUUUUCAUAUAUUUGGCGGAACCGCUAAUAUUGUGCUGACGGGGGCGGUAGCUAUCACUGGCCUCACGGAGAAAGCCUUGUUUAGUCUGAAAUCAAAAGGCGCUGAAUAUCGAGACCUGCCGGCGCCGGCUGUCAUCAUAAACAUGUUCGGCCUGUCGAUAGUGGUGUUCACAGUACUGGUCGUAUGGCUGGUGACCAAACCUGAGUUCCGGCGCCGGUAUAUACCGGCAGUUAAUGCACCGCAAUAUAAGUUAAGGAGAGAACAGACCACUGAAUGAGUGAUUAGUUUAAUUGAUAAUUGAUUUUAUAUUUUUAAAUGCAUUUUCUAAUUGUGUUUAUUUUUGUUGCAUUUAAGGCUUAAUUGAGUUA